CUCUACCGUUUUUGCUUUACCAAGACUCAUGUUUGCUUUUACACGAUUUAGGUUCACAGGGGAAACUCAACCUGGCCUCAUUGCUUGCGAAAAUGCAGCCAAGAAAUUAAUUGAUCUAGGGCUAGUUUUUACUCCAGUUGAAGAUGCUGUCAGGGAGACGGUAGAGAGCUUGAGAGCUAAAGGGUUCGUGGGCAGCAUACAUUACAAUCUUAAUCUCUCUCUGCCUCACUCUUAAUUAUUAUUACUCUUACAAUUUUACAAUCUGCUAUGUUAAUUAGCUGUCAGUAGGUAUGAAUGGAGUAAGGGGUUCGUCUUUCUCAGUUAUCUGUUUUGAUGAUGAGUACUCUUUUUUUAUAUGGUGCAAGUGCAACUUUAAUCCUCUAUCUGGUUAUCAACUACCAGUUUGAGAUCAAAUACAACUAUAUUAUAAAUAAAUGAAUAAGUUACAAUUUA